UUUAUUUUGAUUAUUUGUAAAACUGCUUUAUCGACCCUAUUUAGAAGCUUCAAUUUUGAAUUUUUUCUUAGAUAUUCUUAGAACUCCCAUUAAAAUGAUUUACAUUUUGUGCAAAAUUCUUCUAAUUCAUAAUAUUUUCUAUUUAAAUUAAAUUAAUAUUAAAAUUUAUACCAUGGGGGCUCAACAAGCAAAAUCCGGCGAUGAACAAGAAACAAAUGUACGCACUUUACAAAAACAAUACACUGGACUUGCAAGAGAACCAACAAAUGGAUUAGAUCGCAUGAAUGAAAAUCGUAAAGAAACAGUUAUGUCUGAACAAAACCUCAUUUCAGCAUCCAGUCCUAAACGUAUUACAGUGGCUAAUUUUGCUAAAAUUAAAUUAGAACCGCGACCGGUGGAUGAAUAUUCUAGGGAGGAAGCAGCGUUGGAAGAGGAAACAAGCGAGCUGGUAGUUGAAGAAACUAUUGACCAUCAGGAGCAAAAUAAAAGCCAACAGGAAUUGGAGGAUCAGCAAAAUCAAUUAAUUUAUACAGAAAAUCAAAAUAUAGGUUUAGGUCAAGCACAGGAAGAUUCUUUGCCUGUAGUAAAUAAUAUUUCACCUUUAACUAUUGGGGAAAACAGUAUUAUAUUGGAUACAUUGCCCAGUACUGAACUGAGUUGCGAUAUUACAAAUAUCCAAGUAAAAAAGGAACUGUUAGAAACAUGUGGAGUAACAAGUGAAUCAGAAAAUGUAAAGGAUCCUUUGGAAAUACCGCAAAGCAGUACAAUUUCAGUGUUAAGUGAUGAAGAAGAACUUGAUAAUAGCAAUAGAAUUUAUAGUGCAAUAAAAAGUGAAACCAUUGAUAAUGAUAUUGAACCUGAUAAGAAUUUGGAAGAAGAAAAUAAAGAUCUGUUACUUAAAAAAGAAAAUUCCGAUGGUAAUAGCGAAGAGGAUAUUGAUCAACAACUAAAAGAAGCUCCUAAAUUAGUUAGAAAUCCAUUUUUUAAAAUCUGCAAUAAAAAGCAACAACUUAAAAAGGAGUUUAUUGAUGAGGUAACUAGGGAAGUUUCUACAAAUAAAGCGAUAAAAACUGAACAUAAAUCAAUCAAUGAAGAGUUGAAUAAGACAACUACAACAAAAUCACCAACAUCACCGGAAAAUUUAUCGAAUGCUAUAACCGUAAUACACGAGGAAACUUUACAAACAUCGAUCAAUCUUAAAGAACUAAUUAUUAAAUCAGAAACCUUAGCCGCGCCUGAUGAUAUUUUGGAUUUUACAACAAACAACAAUUUAAAUAUCAAUUGUUUAAGUUGUAAUUUAAAUUCAUCAUUGGAUGUUAACUUAAGCAAUGUAGAAACCGAUUUCGAAGAAGCCCGGUCAUCACAAUCCAUUGAAGAAGUUAAAUCGACUCUUUCUCAAAAUUCUUCUCUAGAUUCUUUGAAAUAUUUUACCAUAAUUGAUCUGACAAGUGGGGAAAAGAGUGAUUUGCCAAUUGAGGAUUCAUCGACUAUAACAUCAACCCCGAAAAAACAAGAAAAACCCAAAGCUAUCAGAGGAAGACCGCGUAAACCUGGAAGCUUGGAAAAUUACAAAUUUGGGAAGAUACUGAAACCAAAAAACCGUGGAGGAAAGCCACGUAGCAAAACUCUAAAAUCCAAAAAAAUUUCUCCAAGAGAUACUACAUUUAUAGCAUCAAAGAAACAAAUUUUAAAAAAUCUUCCGAAAAUUUCUAUAAAAACUCGCAAAAAAGUUAACAAACAAAAUAGCGAAAAGAAAACUACAAAAACUUCUGACGAUUUUCCCAAACCGUUGAAAUCAGAGCCACAUUCAUUAAAUAAAGAGCAGAGCAUAGCAACGGAGCUGCCCAAACCCAUGAUGUUUAAAAGUGAGAAAAAUAUAAACAUAAAUAAUGACAAAUCCUAUCUUAAACCGGAAUUUCAACCUUAUGUACGUUUGAAACGUCUGAAAAGUGAAGAUCUCUUGGUACCGCUAAAGACAAAACCUGCUAGAAAAACACGCAAACGUUUAAGUUAUCAUCAAAUGUCCAAUGACAAUAGACGUGAUUUUCUUAUACAACAUGCCUUUAGCCUAAAUCAACGUGCUAAAUUAAAUCGUUUAAGUAUUGAUCAUGAUCAUUUGUAUUAUAAUAAUCAACAAGAUCAACCUUCAUUGUAUAGCCGUUUAACUACUCCUCUCAGCAUGCAUAUGGAUACAGCAAAUGAUUCUAUUGCUGAAACGGAUUCCAAAUAUUUUAGUCCUCAAGAACUUUACUCACUUUUUCACUCCUCUACGCCAGAUGCCUCUUCAAUGUUUAGUGGUCAUAUAGAUAGUGGUGUCUCCACUUCAACGCCUAGUAUGCAACAACGCCAAACGGACUACAAUAAAACUUUACUCUUAGAGAUUGCUGCUGAGCGGGCCUUUAUCAACAAUCACUUAAUACAUUUUGGCUACUCACCCAUACAGUUCGAUUUGUUUAAUAACUUAAACGAUUUGAGUAUUUUUCUUAAAUAUUUAUUUGGGUCUGCAAAUAUGAAUUGAUGGUAUUUAUGUUGAAAUUAUGAUUUUUAUGUUUGGGAAUUAAUAUUGUUUUGUUAUUUUAUGGAUAUUAUUUUUAAUUUUAUUAUUUUAAACUUGACUUGCAAUUUUUCCUUUUAUAAGAAAUGCUUGAUUUGUAUUUUAUUAAAAACGAAUUAUUUUAAAUGUAUUUUUUUUUUACAAAAUCAAUUUGACUUUAAUACUUUCGAAUAAAUUGUAUGUUGA